AUGGCACCAAGCAGAGGCAAGGGCAAAGCGCCUGUCGACCCGGUUGCAAGCCGUUCUACGCGUUCUCAGCGAAGCACAACCCGGUCCAAGGCACGAGGCGGCGACGAUGUGCCAGAUGUGUAUGCUUCGAUGCUGGCCGAGACAGAUCACAGUGAGCUGGAGCACAGCGAUCGACCGCUCAAGAAGCGCAAAGUCACUCCGAAGGGAACGCGGGCGGUAGAGAAGACUGUAUCUACGCCGUCACGCGCAUCGAAGCCGGUGCCAGCACAGCAGCCUAGCAGUGCUGCAUCUAUAGCGGCGGCAAGGCCGAUAUCGACGAGGCUGCAAACAGUCGAGGACUCUUCCGACGAUGAGAGCGAGUUCGAGUUUGAAGAUGUUGACCUGGAGGGAGCAGACGCUUCUGCUGAUGAACAUCCCGAUGGCAUCGAGGAUCUUUCCAUAUCUGUGCAACCAGAAAGCAGCAUAAGAAGAGCACAGAAUCGCAGGAAGCCAGCUACUUCUGCAGAAAAAGCUCAUCGAUUGCUGGUGCACAAGCUGCACAUCUUAUGUCUUCUUGGCCACUGCAUGUAUGUCAAUGGCCGCUGCAACAACGCAACAGUGCAUAAGCUACUUCGACGAUUGCUCAGUGCAAGGGCGAUAUCGUACCUGAAUCCGAAGACAGAACAUUCACAGUUUCAGCGUAACAGAUCUUUCUUGGACGGAUUACAGCAAGCGACCGAUGCUUUCAAUGGUGAGUAUCAUGUUACCGCAUCUGGUAUGAUUAAACCUAUAUGGACUGUCGAUGGAGAGGAACCUCGAGAGCUUGAUCAUCUGCCACCCGUCGACAGAUCAGACUUCGUUGCAGCCGCAAAGAACAUGGAAGGUAGCCAAGACAUGGGCAAUCAGCUCUUCUGCGCUAUGCUUCGCUCGGCUGGGGUGGAUGCACGCGUGGUAUGCUCACUCCAAGUGUUGCCCUUCACCAGCGUGCCGAAAGGAUCGACGCCUCAAAAGCCAGUCAAGGAACGCAUAUUGGCAAUAGCGCCAGACACGGAUCUCUCAAAAACUGAUAGCAGCGCCGACGAAAGUGCUAUGAAAGGCAGUUCGAGAGCUGCUAUCCGUAGACGUCUCGGACAGCCAGGCUUCACAGCACCAAAGACCUCAGCAACACCGCCCAAGAAGAAAUCAAAGCAUAUCCCGAAGCUCUCGUAUCCCGUCUUCUGGGUCGAGGCUUUCAAUGCUGCUCAUCAGAAGUGGGUGCCAGUCGACCCAGUAGUGACACACAGUGUCAAUAAGCCUGCGAAGCUGGAGCCUCCCAUUAGCUACGACCUCAACCAGAUGACAUACGUUCUGGGCUUCGAGGCUGAUGGCAUCACUCGAGACGUCACGAAGCGUUAUGCCAAAGCAUACAAUGCGAAAACUAGGCGGCAUCGGGUCGAGGCAUCCAAAGACGGCAGCAAAUGGUUCAAGAAGGCGAUGCGUAUUUUCCGCCGAAAGGGCGGUGCCAAUGAUAGGGAUCAGGUCGAAGACGCAGAGUUAGCACAGAAAGAAGCAAGAGAGGGCAUGCCGGCAAAUGUGCUUGAUUUUAAGGACCAUCCUUAUUACGCGCUCGAACGACAUCUCAAACGACACGAAGUGCUUCAUCCGAAGCGAGAGGUCGGCAAAGUCAAUGCAGGUACAGCAGCGAAGCCACGCAUGGAAGCAGUCUACCGCAGACAGGAUGUGCAGAUCUGUAAGAGUGCCGACAAGUGGUACCGUGUGGGGCGAGAAGUGCUCGAAGGCGAGCAACCACUGAAACAUGUACCGGCUCGAAGGAAACGGUUCCAGACACCAGACGAUGAGGACGCUGAGCCUGACACGACCCCAAUGUAUGCACCCUACCAGACACAACUUUACAUACCGCCUCCUGUCGACAAAGAUCGCAUACCGAAGAACGUCUAUGGCAAUCUCGAUAUCUAUGUUCCCUCGAUGGUUCCAGCAGGUGCUGUUCACUUACGAGCACCUCGGGGAGUCUUCGAUGAGCCCACUGACCAAGAUCGCAAACAGUUCACAGAUAUGGCACAGCGGGCCGCCAAGCUGCUGCGCAUAGACUACGCCGAUGCUGUCACUGGUUUCAAAUUCCAGGGUCGAACGGGCACAGCUACAGUUGACGGUGUCGUUGUAGCGCAGGAGUAUGCCGACGCUGUCCGGACUGCCAUCGAAGGCUUCGAGUACGAAGCCGAAGAGGAUGCAAGCAAAGCCAGGAGUCUCCUUGCAUUGAAGCUCUGGAAGCGUUUCCUUACCGGUCUGAGAAUCGCCGAACAAGUCCGUGAGUAUGGUGACGGCACGGAAGAUCGAGACGCGGUUCACGAGAGGAUUGAUGCUGCGAAAGCUGCGGAAGAGGGACCGGGUAUGUUCCUGGAAGGAUCUGAGCGUGAGCCGCCAUUGAUCACGGCGGGGCUGUAUACGAUAGAAGAGUUGCUAAGGCCGGGUGGUGUAACGAAGCAGAGGAAGAGGAAGAAGAUCGACGAGGAGGAUGAUGAACUCAUGGAGUAUGAGCAGCAUGAUGGCACUAUCGGUCCAGACUUUGGGAUUGGAGAUGAAGGUGGAGGCUUCUUCCCUGAACAUCGAUCAUCCGCGGAGUGUAGUCAUGGCGGUGGCGGGUUCCUGCCAGAAGCUGGAGAGCAAAGAAUUUUCCAUGAAGAGGACGGCGGCUUCGUGACGGGACCAGAGCCUGAUGGUACAGAAAAUGGAGGCGGCUUCAUGGUUGACAACGAUGAUGGCGGGGGCUUCAUCGCUGAUGAAGCUGAUGAUGAAAGCGGACUAAUACCACACGACGAAACCCAAGAUGGUGGCUUCGUACUAGAUGAUGAGCCUGAGGGUGGUGGAUUCCUACCUGAUGCCGAUGCGAGCCACAACGAUGACAAGUCUAUCGCUGCGGGUGAUGAGUCGCAGCAAUUUUCCCAUGAUUCAGCCAUGGUGCAGGAGAUCCGUCAAACCGAGCAAGAUGCUUCAGCCUUGCAGGAAAUACCAAAGACAUCGUUCAGAGAGCCGGCUGGCAGCCAUCCUUCACAACAGACUGAUGCGGCGGAACUGGACAGUGGCAAUGAUAGUGAUAAAGGCUCGCUGCUCUCGCAUGAUCCUGAAGAUGACGAUGCUGAGCCGGAUUGGUUGUUGAGUGAUUGA